UGGAUACCGGUGCCGAGUGCCUUGAAUCUGAACUCCGCGAAGAAAAUCCAGAAGCCCAGGUGGAGGGAAAAUCGCUCAAUAGACGCAGUUCAUCUCGCCGGAGGCGACAGUGCUCCGAUGAGGAAAGCCAAGAAGGAGAAGGCGAAGGAAGAGGGCCCUGGAUUUAUAUUCAUGUGCAGUUGGAGGACGAGGCAGGAGUGCUUCAGGCAUGGGGUUUUUGGGAUGCCCAUGUCGAGAGCGGAGAUCGUCAAGAUGAUCAAGCCGGAGAUGAGGCUGUUCCUGUACAAUGUCGGUCAGAAGCUCUUGUAUGGGAUUUUCAGGGCUUCGUCAGAGGGCGGGAUGAAUUUGGUGCCGGAAGCCUUCGGAGGAUGUUUCCCUGCUCAGGUUAGAUUUAAAACAGAUUUAGAAUGCCUACCUCUAGCUGAGAGUACAUUCAAACAAGCUAUAUUGGAAAACUAUUCAAAUGACAGAUUUCAGCCGUAUCUGAAUCCUAUACAGGUCCAGAAGUUGGUAGCAUUGUUUCAGUCUAGUUCUGCAGCACCUCAACCUGCUACCCUACAUGUGGAGAACCAACCUAUUGCUGCCCCUGCUCCUUUACCUCCAACUACAGAACCACCUGGAUCAGCACAUAUUCCAUCUGCUUAUUUGCUUCAACCCGAGGAAAGACAGGCUUCUCCCCCUGCUCCUUUUCCUCCAAUUACAGAACCAUAUAGAUCAGCACAUACUCCACCUGCUUAUUUGCCUCAACUUGAGAGCAUACAUGUUCCUUCCUCUGCUCCUUCGUCCCUAACUACAGAACCAUAUAGAUCAGCGCAUCUUCCUCCAGUUUAUUUGCCUCAGCUUGAAAUUAGACAUAUUCCUUCCGCUACUCCUUUGUCCCCAACAACAAAACCAUAUAGGUCAGCACACAUUCCGCCUGCUUAUUUUCCUCAACUUGAGAGCAGACAUGUUCCUUCCUCUGCUCCUUUGCCUUCAACUACAGAACCAUAUAGAUCAGCACAUAUUCCACCUGCUUCUUUGCCUCCACCUGAGGACCAAUGCAGGCCAUCAACACAUCAGGCUCCCUUUCAUUUGCCUCCAUCUGAUGACGAUGACCAAUAUCUGUCUAGAAGACAUCUGGCAUCUCAUUUGCCUCCUUAUGCAGACCCAUAUAUUGGCCGUGCUCCUGCUGCUUCUGAUUCCAACUACAUUUCUACACAUAUUCCCACAACUGAGAAUGAUCUUCACUAUUCAACAACUUGUGCCCGUGCUGCUGAUCCAUAUUAUCCUCCACCUUCUAGCUCUAUUUAUCGCCUCUCAGAAGCUGCACAUGCUUUUUUUCCUGAGAACCCAAAUACAGAUCCUCCACCUCCUAGCUCAAUUUAUCGCCCCUCAGAAGCUGUGCGUGCUUGUGUUCCUGAGAAACCAAUUACAUCUGAUCGUCUUGGUUAUAGGGUGUUCCUCGAGACUGUGGAGGAUCCCAAUGCCCAUCUAUCAAGAGACUAUCAAUCUCUUCACAGAACGGAUGGUUAUGUUACUCCUCAGGGAAAUCAGAUAGAUAGCCGUUAUCCACUUGAACAAAUGGGCUCCAAUUCAAGAUAUGAGAGGCUCCCUCUAUCUAGCUAUCGUUAUGAUCCCUCAUUGUACAUGCAAGGCCGUAGUUCUACAGACGCUCAGCAGAGACAGCCAUCUUCAAGUGUGUCUGUUUCAUCUCGAUACACGUUUGCUGGUGCUGCUCCAGCACAUCGCUGAUGGUUCAUAAAUCUAAGUUUCUCUUUUAUGUUAACCGAAUUCUUCUGACAGGGAGUUGUGUGUGGAAUAAAUUUGACGGGGGAAUGCUGAUUUUGCUGUGUUUUAAUCAGAAGGAAUUCUGGAGGAAUAGCCUUGCCAUAAGAUACAGUAACAUGUAAGUUAAGUAGAUGCUCAGUGAUGUCUCUUUUGACUGAUCAGUGUUUGGAUGGUGUUUGCAAGCGUCUCUGGUCUUUAGCAAUUAGGAAUCGAGCAAAUUAUCUAUUUUACUUACUAUUGUUACUUUUUGGUGAACAUAAGAUCUUUAAUUGUUAAUAUCUUAUUCUUUUUUAUUUGUUUCAA